GCGCCCGUGGCCCGAGCCCGUCGAGGUGGCGGCGGCGGCGGCGGCUGAGGCGAUGGAGUGGAACUCGCUGCUGAUGCUGCUGGAGGCCGCCGAGUACCUGGAGCGGCGGGAGAGGGAGGCCGAGCACGGCUACGCCUCCGCGCUGCCCUUCGAGCGGGCCUGUGCCCGGAGGAGGAGCGCCGCCAGGAAGGCCCCCGGCAGCCGAUCCUCACAUAAUGAAUUAGAAAAACAUAGGAGAGCGAAGCUCCGGCUCUAUCUAGAGGAGCUGAAGCAGCUGGUCCCUCUAGGCGCCGAGAGCACCAGGCACACCACCCUCAGCCUGCUGAGAAGAGCCAAGAUGCAUAUUAAGAAAUUGGAAGAGCAGGACCGGAAAGCUCUGAACAUCAAAGAACAAUUGCAGCGAGAACACCGGUACCUCAAGCGCCGGCUGGAGCAGCUCUCCGUGCAGGGCCUGGAGCGGGUGCGCACAGACAGCCUCGGAUCCACCAUAUCCACGGAUUCGGAGCAAGAGGUGGACAUUGAAGGCCUGGAGUUCACCCCGGCCGAAACGGACAGCAGCGGAAGCGCCAGCGAGGCCGAGGACAGCUUGCGAGGCAGCUCGAGCGACAGCGGCUACGCCCGGCCCCACAGACGCAGCAGCACCGCCCGGCUCCUGUAGCCUCGGCCGCCCGGAUCCCCUCCUGGGAGCCUUCCCUCUGGGGCCGCCAACCUGCCCCCCCCUUCAGAAAGCGGCCCUGGGCAAGAGGCCUCUGCCCUCCCCCCACCCCCCCUCCGGGGCUCCCUGGGCUGCGGAUAAACACCGCGGUAGGAAUCAUGGCUUUGGGGCUCCCCCCCCCCGCCCCGCAGAUUAGAUGGCGCCUGGGGUUAAAAAGCCUCUUCACGGAUUGGAUUGGAGGGGGGGCGGCUUUCCUGACCUCCCCCAGGAGUUCAGAAGUUCCGCUUUGAAUAAAUGACUUGGACCCAUUUUGACAGGUUGUCCUAGGUGUUGAAAGGCGGAGGGCCUCAGCCGGCAGCCGCUCAGAAAUCCGUGUAACGUUUAAAAGGUGGGCCUGGGCACCUCCAGGCUUCCAUCUCGGCCGGUGUCACUCACCCAAACUGCCAAAAGGCCCCCCUCUGUGUGUGUGUGUGUCUGUCUGUCUGUCGUCUCCCUCGCAGCUUCUUUGGAUUCUGUGGAAAGGAAAAGAUGGAAGCUUUGAAAGCAGACGGCCGUUUUCGAAGGAAAAAAGCAGAAACCGCCCCAGUUUGUAAAGACGGCUGCGUUGGGCUCGUUUUGAGAGGGGGAGCCUGGUGGCCCUUUCAGGGGAGGAGAAGCGGAGGGAGGGGGGGAGCCCCAUGAAUCAGGUUCCCUGCGGGGACAGCCCCCCCCCUCUUUCCUGGCAGCUCAGGCUGGCUGUUCCAGCAGGGUCCUCCCGGGGGCUUCAGUAGGGCGGGCGGGCGGGCAGGAGGGGCUUCCGAUACCCAGAGACCCCCAGGGCCUCUCCCCCCCCCCGGAGGCUCUUAGCAGUAGGGCUGCCCCGGAGGGUCUCCGGCAUUGGUCCUGGCGCCAGCCGCCCUGCCCGUCUCCUCUGAGUUUCCAGGUUCCCCUUCCUGGAUCUGGCUCCCUUCUGCGCAUUUCCCGGCGAGAGGGGAGCCAGGCAGGCCAGGCAGGUGCGCCCCUUGGCCCGGCUCAGGUGUGACAUCCAUGGCUGCCUUUGAUCAAGGACCCCCCACCCCCCCGAUUGUCUCCUCUUGCAGGCAGGGACUGUGAAAUGAGCUUCUGGAGCUCUUGGUCCCUGGGACUGGACCGCAGGGGGUCCUCCACUCCCAACUGCAAUGGGAUCACCCUGAUUUUGCAACCCUUUUUGUGACGGCCGCCACGGUCGUUAGAAGUGGCGGUUCAGUGAAGCAGCGCUUCCCCCCCCAAAGAAGACCAACCAGAAGAAGUCGGUGCUUCUCUUGGACAAAGCUGUCCUAAGACGGAGGUCAUCAGGUGACCCCACGGGAGGCGUAAACGCCACUGUGUUGCCCAGCACCCCAAAUUCGGUCAUGUGACUGCAAAGGGGGGGCACCCUUGGAAGUUAAAGUCUGGGUCUCAAGCAGCCCCAAGGCGGGUCCAUCGCUGUGACCGCACGGUUGCCAAGCGACCAUCCGUCCGUCCGUCCGAAGGCUCUGCAUUCAGUACUCCGGGACUUUUAUUGGCAGGUUCUGAGUCUCCCCGUGGCCCCCGGGGAGUGUGUGUGUGUGUGUGUGUGUGUGUGUGAUUAAAGCAGCCCGGUUUGUGUCUUUUCUCUAUGUGGAGUUGCCAAUAAACUGAAAGGAAAGUUUAGCUUUAAAUUUCAGUAUUGAUACUGUGAUUUCUAGGCUAUACUGGCAGUUUUCAAAAUAACAAAAUGCUCUUAAGAUUGCCUCAUUCAUUUAGCAUUCAUCAAGCUUUUUAGGGUGCAGUUACUCCACUUGUAGCAAUAUUGCAGAGUUGUAAUUGAAAACAGUUUAAGCUUAGUGAAGUAAUUAGUCUGGCUUGCUGAUAAUUAAAAAUGGACCAAUCUUUGCAUUGAAAAAGGUCUUUUUUUAAGAAAAAAAGUGAUAAAAAGCUAUAUACUCUCUAGCCAACUGGUUUAUUUCCUAUAGGUAUAUUUCCUAUAAAAUAGUCUGUAUUGUAUUUUCCUAAUUCUUCUGAACUACUUAAGUAGAGAAAGGACAUACUGAACCCAACCGGAGUCUCAGGGACUCUUCAUGUUUGAUCAUAUUGUGCCUUCUGAACUUCCUUCCUUCCUUCCUUCCUUCCUUCCUUCCUUCCUUCCUUCCUUCCUUCCUUCCUUCCAUCCGUCCCAAUUCUCGAGGGUGUCAUUUUGCCUCAGAUUGAACACUGAGCUUAUUUUACCUUUCCACAAACGGGGAAAGAAACCCCCCCCCCCCCGGGGCCCCCCCCCCCCCCCCCGCCAGUGAAACACGUAAUCCUUGUGCCUCUUUGGGAACUGGGCCGUGAGCAGCCCCCCCCCCCCCCCCACUUGGUGCCCUUCCGAGACAGGCGUGUCCAGCCAGUCCUAGCGGUUGAGGCGGCCGGCUCCCCCUUCAGAGGCUGCCCAGGGGACCAAGCCCUCCAGGGAGAGGGGCCCUGGCAGGCCAGGAGGCUGGACUCUGGCCUUGCUCUUGAGCCGGGGCAGCAGGUUGCAGGAUCCAAUCAGUGCCUUUGGCUACUCCAAUCCAAAACUACAAUGAUGUGCUUUUCGGCAUUGAAGACUUUUAAAUCUGAAACAAAAGUAGAGCCUGCUAGGAUGGAUGAACUUCACCUUUUGUUGGUUUCUUUAUGUUCAGUUAUACUUGGUUUUCCCUUUGGUGCUACAAGUCAGAAAAUUAGGAAUUCAGUUCUGGCAGCUCAAGACUCUCCCGAUUUGCUUCUGAGGACCUCGGAUUUGUCCUCAAGAAUAUCGUGGAUUAAAUUACCUUUUUGUAGCCAUCCCUCCUUUAUCCGUGAGGUUAUUUCUGGCAGCUGCAUUUCAGAUGAAUAAAAUCUGUUACCUAACUUUGCUAUUAUUUAGCAUUAUUAGUAUGCUAGACACACUUUGUAUGUUUCUAAAGCCCCCCUGGGAAGGGUACACAGCAAUAUAAGGAUUGUGUGUGGCUGAUACGGCAGCGUUAAUUACUAAUUCCUUUUGAUUAUUUUUGUUCCAAUUUCCAAAUCUGCUUUUUCUUCUAGAGGCUUCAAUAACCGUUGAUGGGGAAAAUUGCUAGUAAUGUUAGUUUCCUCUUACAAUAUAAUGAAUUUACUCAUGGCUUUUAGAACGUUUGUUUCAUGAAAAGCAAUUCUUGCACAGAACUUUCCUACCGGAAAAAAAAAAAGACAUAUGGGAGAAUGGAAAAGAGACUUUGUGAAAAACACCAUUGACCUUCUGCCAUUCUGAUGUUUUUAAAAACAUGUUUAACGAACUCUUCCAUGCUGAGUAUCAGUGGCUUUGUAGAACUUUUAUAUUUUCAAUAAAGGUUAUUCAAUAUUCUGA